AUGGGCCAGGGCUACUCGUUAACCACUCUUCCCGCCGGCCCGAGUGCAAUCGAGACCACCGAGCUUGCCGACCUCACAUUCGAGAAGCCGUUGGGAGGUGGUCGCUUUCUGCGCACCGUCAGAGCGCGGCAUCAGCAUGGCGUGGUGGUGGUGAAGGUCUGCGCGAAGAACAACCCCACCGUCUCCUUCAAACACUACGCAAAGGAACUCAGAGCCGAGAGAUAUGCCUUGAGUGAUGUGCCGAAUGUUCUCCCCUACCAGAAGAUUCGCGAGACUGCUACCAUCGGCGUUUUGGUCCGUCAGUUCAUUCACAGUUCGCUGUACGACCGUGUGAGCAUCCGGCCGUUUCUGGAGAACAUCGAGAAGAAAUGGAUCGCCUUUCAGUUGUUAUGCGCAGUCCGUGAUUGCCACUCCCGCGGAAGAUAUCAUGGAGAUAUCAAGACGGAGAAUGUGCUGGUCACCUCCUGGGGCUGGGUGUAUCUUACGGAUUUCGCCUCGGUCUUCAAGCCGGUGUACCUCCCAGAAGGCAAUCCGGCAGAAUUUACUUUCUACUAUGAUGUCUCGGCCCGGCGGACAUGCUAUCUGGCACCCGAGCGCUUCCUCGCAUCGGGACAGCAGUCAAGCUUCGAAGGUGGCGUCGAAUGGAGUAUGGACAUCUUCAGUCUGGGAUGUGUCAUCGCCGAGCUCUUCACCGAAGUGCCGACAUUCACUUUGAGUCAGCUCUUCGCAUAUCGCAAAGGCGAAUAUGACCCAACGGCUACUCUGCUCAAUAAGGUUGAUGACGAACACGUGCGCUCGUUGAUCAGUAGCAUGAUUCGUCUCAGUCCAGAGGAGAGAUGGCAUGCGCAAGACUACCUGGAUGAAUUCAAGGGCAAGGCCUUCCCUCUCUAUUUCUACCAGCACUUGCACACGCUGAUGCAAGAGAUCACCGAUCCUUCAUCAGGCUGCAGGCCGCCGGCCGUAGGCGAUGCCAAUAAUGCCGAGUCCGACAAUCGGAUCAACCGGAUCUACGACGACUUUGAAAUGCUCUCGGUGUCACUGGGCUACGAGAGUUCCGCAUUAUCGUCAGCAACCACGCGACUACCUGGCGCUGGACAUGGUCUUUUCCCGCUACAAGUUGACCUCCCAAACAACCGACACACUGCAAGCUCAGAACUGGUCACGAAAGGCGACAACGGCACAUUCAUACUCUUGAAUGUUGUCACAACUUCGCUACGCAGUGUGGCUCGCGCGUCGUCCAAAGUUCGAGCGUGUGAGCUCUUGCUUGCAUUUGCGGAACGCAUUCCGGACGAAGCGAAGCUUGACCGCGUACUGCCUUAUGUGAUGCCUCUUCUUGAGGACUCUGAUAAGAUGGUGCUCGUCGCCGCCCUCCGCACCAUGACACAGCUCCUGGCCCUCGUCAACGUCACAUCACCUGUCAACUCCUUCCUAUUCACGCAAUACAUCUUUCCACGAUUGCAAAUCUUCGUGCGGACGCCCAACUUCAAGCAGAAUCCAAUCGUAAGAGCGACCUACGCCGCGUGUUUGGCAAGUCUGGCAGAAAGUGCCUCAAGAUUCCUAGACAUGAUGCAAGCAUUACGAGCGGAGGGAUCCUUCCCAUCAGCCGGAAGAGCUGCCGACGACGAUAUCGAUGGUCGGGGGAUCAACCACGAUACGUACGACGCAACACGCAUCGAAGUCUUGGACCAGCUAGAAGGCCAGACGAAGGUCUUCCUUACAGACAAUGACACUGCAGUCCGUCGAGCGUUUCUCAGCUCGGUGUCAAGUCUCUGUGUGUUCUUUGGAGAGUCGCGAGCAAGCGAUCUGAUCUUGAGCCACCUCAACACCUACCUGAACGAUCCAGACUGGCAGCUCAAGUGCGCCUUCUUCCGUACGAUCGUCGGCGUUGCUGUCUACAUUGGCGGAGCGAGUCUCGAAGAGUUCAUCCUGCCCUUGAUGCUGCAGGCACUCAGCGAUCCCCAAGAGUUUGUGGUCGAGCAAGCUUUACGAUCUCUCGCAAGCAUGGCAGAGAUGGGCCUGCUUCAACGAGCCAAGACCUGGGAACUCAUCGACACCGUCGCUCGUUUCGUUCUACACCCCAACAUGUGGAUCAAAGAGGCUGCAACCCAUUUCAUCUCUUCCGCGACAACAUACUUAUCCCUGGCGGACACCCGCAUUCUGGUCGCGCCGCUCAUUAAACCCUACCUCAAGAUACCUGCAAGCACUCUUACAGAGGCCGAGCUUCUGGAUGCGUUGAAGAAGCCGCUACCACGCGCGGUGCUGGAUCUGGCCUUGCAGUGGGCCGGUAGAGUUGACAAGAGUGUCUUUUGGAAACAGGCCAGAGAUUCGAAGCAACUAGCGUAUCGAUCGUCGAACCAGAUGCCGCCUGUAUCUUCCGUGGCAGAUCUUGGUCCCAAAUCGCUUGCAAAAAUCCCAAAGACGGACGAGGACGAGCAAUGGCUCGGUCGCCUGAGAAAUGCAGGGAUGCGAAGUGAGGAUGAAAUGAAGAUUCUGGCUUUCCGCGAAUAUCUGUGGCGCACGGCGCAGCUCGGUAAGAAUGAAGACCCCUCAGCUGGAGAGAUGAUCUAUGAGGAUAUCGUGUCAUUGGUGAAGCUGGAUAUUCCGCUGCAGACCAUUGUCUUCGAGACGAGUGUGGAUGUGUACAGACAGCGCAAGCAAGAUCAGGAAGAAGCGGCUCGUGGGAUAGAGGACGCACUUCAGGAAGCCGCGACGUCUGGUGCAGCAGACACCGCACACGGCGGCGGACUAUCACCUGGACUGAACGGUGUCGAUGUACCAACAAGUAACGGGACCGCACCGAAACUGCCGGAAUUAAGGCGGCAGACUUCCGGGUCUGGACAAAGCCUGUCUUCGUCUCCAAGCUCAGGCAUCGCCCUCCUCGGCAAAGGCAAAGAUCGCGCAUCAUCAAGUCGAAGCAAUGCAGCACGAUUACUCUCUGGUGCCGAUCUACGCAACAAAACGUUGCCGGAGGUGGCUACAGACGACUCCACGGCGGCUGGCAAGCUCAAUCCACCGUCGAUGACGGUUCGACGCAAGUCCCCGAGCCCAAGUGCUCAUGGAACCCACAGAGCCCGGUCCAAGGGCGCGAACAACAGAGCCGGGCAUAACUAUGCGGGUAAUGAUCCUUCGGUGCUUCGACUGCUGGAUGCAGUCUACGUCGACACCUUCCCCAUGGAUGUCGCCGAGUUUGGCCCCAUUGUUCAACCGUUACCGAAAGGACCCAUCUUGUCGAACUCCAGUCAGCUCGUGAAUGGCCCCUGGCGACCAACGGGUCAACUUGUUGCCGUACUCGGUGAGCACUCCAGCAGUGUCACACGGAUCGUGGUAUCGCCCGACCACGCAUUCUUCGUCACAGGCUCGGACGACAGCUUCAUCCGAGUCUGGGACUCUUCGCGAUUGGAGCGCAACGUUACACAUCGCUCGCGGUACAGCCAGAGUGUCGGGCAGGGUGUCAAGGUGACCAGCAUCUGUUUCAUCGAAGCCACUCAUUGCUUCGUCUGCACCGGCUCGGACGGCAGCGUGCACUUUUUCAAAGUCUCCGUUGCGGAUAGCGAGAACGGCCCACAGUAUGCCAGCAAGAUGCAUUUGCUGCGCACUUGGCAGAUCCCGCAUCACAGCGCCAGCACAGAGUACGCAGUCUGGUCAGAGCAUUUCCGCGCGGACUCCGGCAGCAUGCUCCUCCUCGCCACGAAUGCCGGCAGAGUGCUGGCAGUCGAUCUCCGAUCCAUGUCGGUGCAAUUCGAGUUUCACAACCCCGCCCAGCACGGCACACCGAUUUGUUUCUGCCUGAGCAGACGCCACGACUGGAUUCUCAUCGGCACUUCUCACGGCGUGCUCGACCUUUGGGAUCUGCGCUUCCAACUGCGACUUCGCUCGUGGGCUUUCCCUCGCGCAGCGCCAAUUACACGACUACAACUCCACCCCGGCAAAAAGACUGCUAAGCGCAACUGGAUCUGUGUUACGGGAGGAACGGGUCGAGGCGAAGUGACCGUCUGGGACAUCGAGAAAGUCAUCUGCCACUACCUCCUCCGCCCAGACCACAUCCACAGCAAAACCCGCCUAAACACACGCGACUACGAGCUGAAGAACCUCGACGACGAGCGCUCAGAAAGCCUGCUCGACCGUGUUGCUGGCUCAGUAGCCGCCGAUCCGAAUACGCAAGACGCCGCCCUCGCACUCACCACCUCCUCUGCUUUCGGUGUUUACCAGCUAUCAGAGGAAUCCGAAACGCAGCAUCUGUUCGUCAUAACCGGCGGGCCUGACGAUAUGGUGCGCUUCUGGGAUUUCGACCGCGCGGAUGGCUGCAGGCUUGUGAGUGGCGGUGUGGGCGAUGAGAAGCCCGCCAGUAACACCACGCAACAACCCGGGACCAACAACCUCAUUGAAUCGAACAAAGUCGCCCCAGCCAGCAGCACAAGCACGGCGACCAAGCGUAGCGGGAAGAGCGGUGGCGCAGGUAGCAACACCCCCACUCGAUCCGCGCAGAUAUCGCGGUAUGAGGCUAUACGUCUGUCGGCGCAGCACCUGCUUGAAGGCCACUUGGAUCGCAUUACCGAUGUUGCGGUGCUGGAGCGGCCUUUUGGGAUGGUGCUGAGCGCGGAUCGAUCGGGGCAGGUGUUUGUGUUUCAGUGA